AUGACUAUAGGAAGUAAUGCAUCACACCUUCAAAGAGUGAAAAGGCAGGAUUUCUUUGGAGGAACUAAACCAGAGGGAGCCACAUGUUUGUUUGAUCCAUGUGUAAAUAUAGAUAAUUAUUGUAAAAAUUCAGGUACGUGUUUUCUCAACACCACAACAUGUAUGGUCAAAUGUUUUUGCGCACCAGGGUAUACGGGAUCAAAAUGUAACUACCUCAUUUCUCCGAGUACCGAGUCCCCUCCGUCCACCGUACCUACUUCAAUGUCACCAUCUCCUGCGAUAGUCAACCAGAACAUGUCUAGCACAACGUUACGGCCUAUCGAAGAACGGGAAUGUAUUCAGGGAUUUGAGUGUAUCCAUGGUUAUUGUGACAAACAUUUCGGAUUUAAGUGUGCGUGUGAUUACGGAUGGACAGGGGCAUUUUGUGACACAAUGAAAUGUCCACUGCAAUGUCGAGUUGAUGAAAAAUGCAUGUUGAUAAAUGGAACGUUUUACUGUAUUAAACCGGAAACAGAAAUCCAACAGUCUAAUGCAUCGACAACGGAAAUGACGUCAGACAACAUUAUAACAUGCGAAUGUGAUACUGGCUCUUCAGGAGGAUUAUGUGAUAACAAAUGUUGUUUAGAUUGUUCACCAAAUGGUGUUUGUCUGAAGAAUGACCAAGGUCAAGAAUACUGCAAAUGUAAAGACGGAAAGGAAGGCAGAUUCUGUGAAAGUCCAGAGAGAGGCCUUUUAUCUGAAUAUUCAAAAGAGAAUGCAUGUUCUCAGCAUUAUACUUUAAGACCUUUAAGUGUACGCGAAUGCGUCCCCAAUUUUGUUUGUGUUUAUGGACAAUGUAAGAAGGCUGAGAUGAAUGAACAUGGUUUACAGCUUGCCUGUGAGUGUGACGACGGAGGAAUAGGGGGACUGUGUCAUAUUCAAUGUUGUCUCAAGUGUGGGGAACACGGUGAAUGCAAAACGUAUCUUAAUGGUACAGAGUACUGCUACUGCGAAUACAACUACGAAGGCGAAUUCUGCGAAAACAAAAUUAUUCUAGAGGGAAAGAAGACGGACAGGUGGUAUCUAUGGGUGGUAGGAGUAUGCGCCGGUGUGCUUGGACUUCUUAUUAUGGCUCUUGUCAUCAUACCUUACUGGAUGUGGCACAAUAGGGUCACAGUCAUAAUGAAAAUUGUCCACUACUUCCAGCCUUAUGAAGACGAUGAUGACAGAACAUGGGAUGCAUUCGUUUCAUACAAAUCUACAGACGUCGAUCAGAACUUCGUGCUCCAUACGCUGUUCCCGAAAUUGGAGAAAGAACUUGGUUUCACGCUGUGUAUGCAUUUCCGGGACUUCAUGCCUGGCGAAACGAUUGCCAAUAACAUCAUAAAUGCAGUCAACAACAGUCGGCGAACUAUCCUUAUACUUACACCCCGAUAUAUUGAGAGUGAAUUCACAAGAUUCGAAUACCAGGUUGCCCAACACGAAAUGUUAAAACGGAAACAUAGGAUUAUUCCCAUCUUGCUUGAAGAUAUUACAGACUCCUUGAGUUCUAUGGACCCAAAUCUGCGACAGAUCAUCCGAUCCGUAACAUAUAUCGAAUAUCCGGGACAGGACGCUUCAGAAAAAAAAAUGAACACAUUUUGGAAAAGAAUGUCUCUUUCUAUGCCCAAAACCAGAUCAACUGAAGAACAUCAGAAACUGUUGGAAAGCCAAAGCAAAGAAUGUGACCGUAGUAGUGUGAAUGUCGUAUCCACGAACGGUGAUAUCAGACUAUCAAACAAUAAAACAGAGACAGAAAUGACAUCAGUCUCAAAUGGAGGCAUCCAUCCCAUUGACAAUAGUGAGGUCAAUUUUCAGAUAGUAGAGGAAAAUACAGUUGCGAGCAAGAACGCAAGGAACGAGAGCAAUGGCGAUUUGUUCAACAAAGCAUAUAUUGAUGAUUAA